GAGAGAAAUGAACUGCGAGAGAAAUACUAUAUCCAACAUCAAGUGAAACAUGACGACGACGUAAAAUAUAUGCACAGCAUCAUUUUUCCCCGCUAAACGCUUCGAUUCUUUCAUGUUUUCCUUUCGAUUGACUCAUUUCCAGUGGAGUGAAUGUGAACGAGAGGAUGCGAACCGUAUGGAGGCGACAGCCGAAUGCGAAACGUUCUGUAAUUUCACAAUCUCAGCACAAUAUUUUUCCACGAUGAGCAGAUCAGGGAAAAUUGUACCGAGAGCUAACGGCUUUGGUAUGGACAUAAGAGAGACACGCAUAUCACGUAUUACAACAUACACAGUGUAUAUGUAUGUUGAGAUUGCAGGACUGAAAAGCUUGUGCUACACACUGGAUACUAUACACUCACAUACACUCACUGUCGACGGCAUUGUGGUCGAAGUGAGCGAGUGAGUAGCAUUUUUGACGACGCAAAACCGUCAAUUGCGUCUCUCUAUACGGCUCUGGUGGAGCUUAAAUACACAUAGAAUGAAGUUGAUUUGGCAAACGACGGAAUUUCGUUAAAUGCGCCACGCUUAGCACACGCGAUGAGUGCGAUAGAGAGCAAAAGCGCGGACUCGACCGAAAUCGAAUGAGAAGAAAGGUAAUCGUUCGGCCGAUAUCGUUCGUAACAGAGAGGCAACAGUACCAUCAUCAACAACAGCAGCAGCAACAGCAACAGCAACAGCAGCAGACCGGGUAAAAGAACUGCAUGUAUCGAAUGAGUGUGUUUCCCGAAAAUGUUCUCUCUAUUGGCCGUUGUGCACCUUUUGCUCUCUUUCUCACAUUAUCCAUGCUCUCGCGUUGAUACAGCGAGCCAGAGACGACACUACACAUCGACGUGUCGACUCGUCCACUGUGGACUACAAUACGCUUGAGAUAUACGAUACGAUUGCGAUUGGCACACAGCAGCAGCAGCAGCUGUACUAACGAACCGAGUUUUGAUUUUGCCAAAGCUCUCCAACAUUUUCCCCGGGCCGUUGAUGAAACGUGUUUGCAAAUUCGUGUGAUAACAACACCACAAAAUCAAAUACCACAACAAACAGUCUUCACAUUUUCGUCGAAACGAAACAGUUUGCGAUCAGAUAUUUGUGCGUAACGUUGUGUGUUUUUGUCAGUUGCGUGUGCCUCCUUGAUGUGGUCACAAUCUACACAUAGCAUAAGUAAUUGAGCAGCAAUAGAAAACGAAGAGAAGAGCGAACGAAAAGAAGGGAGAGAGAAAGCGAAAAAAAAAACAGACACACAACACCGAGGUAAAGCUCUUGUGAGUGAGAAAUAUAUCGCCAGCGCAAAAGUGGAAAGCGAACAUUAACGGUGAAGCUGAAGCACUUGGUGGCUGCAAAUUUCGUUUGUUGCAUUUCGUGUGAAAAUAUAUUCAGUGGGAAUUAAAAGAACGACUCAUUUGAGACUUGCGACUUGAGAUUUGAAUAUUUGUCAAAAGUGUUUGCCCAUUUCUUUUUUUGGCUUGUUUUGUUUGCUUUUUCUGGUUGUAGUCGUGUAGUGCCAAUUUCUUCUUUUUCGUUCGUUGCUCGGUGCAUUUUGUGUCGUGUGUGCGUGUACGAAAACGAAGAAGUGAAAUAAGGAAAAAAAGCUCUCAAAGAGAUACAAAGAAGAUAACGACUACGACGACGAUCGAAAAAAUGCUGUGAAACUGUAAGUUAAUCCGAUCUCAUUGACUGCAUUUUUUUUCUGCUUGUUGAUAUUUUUUUUUCUCCCUCGCUCACUUUCGUACAGAAAGAAAGCGAAAAAAGUGAAUCGAAAAGAAGACUUACAUAGACGACGAUGACACCUGAUAACAAAGAUUCAAUAGAUUCCGAACAAUAACAAUUCGAUUUAUCUUUUUUUGUGUGUUGCAAUCUGUCUGUGUGUAUGGGCUGUGUGAGCAGCAAUAGACACACAAACCUGAUGAUCCUUUUGAAACGGUAUUUUGUCUGUUUAUAUUUAUUGUUUUGAAAAUGAGAGAGGCACAUGGAUCUCAUUCUGCUCAACGUUGGACAGACAAACAGAGAGCGAGCGAGAGAAAAAGAGAGAGAGAGAGAGAGAGAGAGAGAGAAAACGCAAAAGAACGAGCUCGAAGCACCAUGGAAAUGAAUUUCUCGCUUCCGUUACUACUUAAUUCAAGUGUAAAAUUUUUGCUCGCUUUUCUCUUUUUUCCUCUUCCUUUGCGUUCGUUCUGUUUGGCUUUUUUGUUUUUGUAGUCGUUUUCGCCCUGAGCUGCGAACGUCGGCUUGCCACACACUCAUAGCACACAAUCCAAAUAUACAAAAGCAACAGAGAAAAGAAAGUGAAAAAAGCAACAACAGCUAAGCAACACAUAAACUAUACAUAACGAGCGAUGCCAAUAUUUCUAAAAUGUUCAUUUCUAUGCAACAACAUCUAUCGAACUAUGCUAUGGACGGUUAUACAUAACGAGCUUUUGAUUCGAUUUUUUUUGUCUUAUACUUUUACAUCGUUCCAUACUUCGUCCGCUCUCUCUUUCUCGCUCGAUGUCUCGCUUUGCGUUGCUCGUAUAUUUUCCGUAUUUCUUAUUCAAAAUUACAUCCUUUUUUAAGCGUAGAAAGGAUACAGCACACACACAAUGCGAUAUCCUGUCGAACGAUAUCGCGUUUAGAUGUGAAUAUGCUGAGAAGGGAGCACAACUUUGGUAUUAUGAUUGUCUUCUUCUUGUCAUCAUCAUCGUUGUCGUCGUCUUUUUAUCCAUUAUACUGGAUAUAUAUUUUUUUUUCGGUUGUGUGUUGUCACUUUUCGACUCUCCACUUGAACUUAUUAUUGUAAUGAACUUGACAUUUAAGCAUUCAAGUUAAUAAAUCUCCUUUGGAUUGUGAAGCUUAGCCAUUCUUCGAAGAUGUGUUUGGAUGCGUUUUCUCACAUAAUUUAUGUGUGAUGGGGGUUGGGGUACAUAUUUUUCGGUUCUCUUUUUAAUGUUGUAAUGUUUGAACGGGAUUCGGGCCGUCACACAGUAACUUUUCCCCCUUUCAAACCAAACAGCAGCAAUAGAAAAACAAGACCGCAGGGCUUCGCUUCGCUCCGCUCUGCGUUCUUGAGUUUUUAGUUACUUAAUCUAUUUUGUUAUUUCACAACAAAGUAUUUUUUGGCGCACUACAUGAAAUGUAUUUCAUCAAAGUAACUUUGAAGUAAUUUGCAAAAUGAAUUACAAGAUCUUGAUUUUAUUUCUUUUUUGAAAUACACUGCCUUUGGCUUAGAUUAAAUAAAUAAUUAUUUAUUAUAUAUUAUAAUAUGAGCAUAGAAUCUAAAAUCACUUUAAUUCUGUUCAAGACACAGAAAAUAUUAUACGAAAAGUUAAUGUGAUUUUUAAACAACAUUUGAUAAUAAAAAUUUGAUUGGCGCUUUGAGAUAUUAUGCACUAAUUCGUCGUUACUGCCCUUGGUUUAAAUUAAAUAUGAGCAUACAAUUCAAAUUCACCAUAAUUCGUUUCAUCACUCAAAAAGUAUCUAGAAAAAAAAGCAGAUUAGUAGCUCUACAUUUCAUGUAGUGCUAAAAAGAGAAGAAAAUCGGUCGGUGCGUGUGAGAGAGUCCAAGUACCAACUAAUAAAUCGUAUUUUCAACUUAGUUUUGUUUUGUUCGGUUGUUUCUGCUGAGCUUUUCUAAUAACUUUCUACAGUUGUAAACUCAAAAAUAUAUUCGUACUUUUUUCCCAGUGAGUAAUACUGAUUCAGUCAUUGUCGUCGUGCUGAUUUGUUGGUUUUAUUGUAUUUUCCAUGGUUGUUAUUUAUCUUCUUUUGGUAUAUUUUACCCUGAACUCACCACCAUCAUCCAACGUUGUUAUGGCCACUAAUACCGUAAUUUUACAAUUAUAUUCGAGCUCAUUGUCGGCUUAUGGCUUUUCCAAACGAUUUUCGUUGUGGUAAAUGUGUCAGUUCUAUUGUCUGUUGACACUGACACUCACAAAACGGUAUAUCCCGAACACAAACGACAACCGACCAAAAGAAUGAAAAGAUCCAAAUGACAACCAGACAACAGCAACGAAUGAAAAAAAAAUUGUUCGAAAUGGAAAAGAGUACAAUCCAUAUGACAACCCCGACCACGAAUUCAUCAUCACCUUUUGCACGAAUGGAAUGCGACGAAUGAAAAAGUUGUCGAAGACGUAGAACCAGAGGAAGAGAGAGAGAGAGAGAGAGAGAGAGAGAGAGAGAGAGAGAGAAAAAAUGGCUGCGGUAAAAAUUAUGUUGAUUUAGGGCCACGGACGGGUUCCAAAUCAUAUGACAAAUCAAUUUUUCACAGAAAUAACCGUAGAGAAGUAACAAAAAAAGAAUCGAUUGUAUAUUUGUGCCGAAACACUAACUGGUCUAUUAUAAUCAAUGUUUACUUAAGCUAUCUUUUUGCUUUCGAUGUUUGUUAGGUUAACACUUAAUGGCAAACUCAAAUAUCAGGCCAGGCAAAAGCUUUCAUCGGCUUCCUGUACUCGUAUAUAUACGAGAGUACACACAGGAUACAGUCAUGUUUGUGCAAGAGAGCGGGUGUAUGUGUGUUGUUGUGAAUGGCUGCUGAUUUGUACCCAUUUUUUCCAAUCAACUUUUGUAUUUCGAUAAAUAUUCAAAUUACCCGAUCCAUAAUUAAAUUGCCUCAGUGCCGUCAGUGCAUAAAUAACACACAGACACAAAUACAUCAAUCUCACACAAGGAAACGCAGUGAAGGGUGCGCCAUUUAUUCUGUUGAAAAAUCUCGGCUGUGCUGUAAUUCGAGGAAUUUGGAACGAACAAAAAACGUUCGUUACUACUGUUGCUCAAAAACAGAUUCACACUUUUCGUGUGUCAGUUUCAGUUGGUGACGUGGUUUAUUGAUGGAUGGCAUUGCGUUUUCCCUGCGUGAGAAUAAUAUAAUGGUACACAAGAGCCAAAACGACAGGCGAAUAAAAAAACCCGAAGCCAACAUAAAUGUGUAUCAGGCGAACGAGCUAGCGAGUGAGCAAAAAAGAAGAUAGCAGCUCUGAAUCCAAGUAUUGAACGAACCAAACGUAAGAGCAUGAUCUGAGACAGUGGAAGAAAGUAAGUGAGCGAGCGAGCGAGAGAGAGAGAGAGAGAGAGCGAGUGAGAGUGUAAGUGAGUCUUGAGCCGUGUGGACGACGACAAAGACGAGCAACGAGAAGACACCGAACACGGAGGGAAGAUAAUAACAACAGAGAAAAGAAAAACGCCAAUUGGAAAAUAGCCAAUUGAAAAUUCAGUGAAUUACAUCAUCAAGAGUUCAUACAGACGUAAACAAAAGCAUCAAGCAUCCAAGCAAUAAGUCAUAUCACCCAAAGUAAAUUUAUUUAUCGGAAUCGCGUAGGCCAUACGUACGAAUACAAUUACAUUAAUAUGAUGGGAAAACAUUUAAGACGACGGUUCAGUUUGCAACCUUCAUUUAUGAAGGAUGACAAUGCCGACGAUAAACCGAAGCGUGAUAAAUUUGAUCGACAUGAAAUCGAUGCGGCCAUCAUUGAAAGCGCGGCCAAACGUGAGGAACCCUACCGCAUUGUGGUGUUGGGCCCGGAAAAGGUCGGUAAAACCGCAUUGAUUUGUCGAUUCUUGGAAAAAGACUUUCCAUUAAAGCACAGAGCCACCAGCGAACAGACCAAUUUCGGUACAUAUACACUGGCCGGUGUCAAAGUUAAACUAGAAAUUUUAGAUACAUCUGGCAAGAAUGAGUUUCCAGCAAUGCGCAAUUUAUCAUUGCAACGUGGAGAUGCAUUUAUAUUAGUUUAUGAUGUCACUAAUGCCGAAACAUUCGAAGAAGUGCGUCGAAUACGAGAUGAUAUUCAUAAAGUGAGGCAAACAAACACUAUACCAAUAGUGGUGGUAGGAAACAAGAUCGAUUUAGCUGAUUCGGAAACUAGGGAGGUUGACUCUUAUACAACGGAAUCCGUAGUUAGUGUGGACUGGGAAAAUGGUUUUGUCGAGGCUUCAGCCAAGGAAAAUGAGAAUGUUAACAAGAUUUUCAAGGAGCUUUUACUCCAAGCGAAGCUUGCAUACAAACUUAGUCCAACGUUACGGAAAAACCAUAGUCGUCGCCAAUCGUUGCCCCCAAACCAGAGUGGUUCCGGUUCAUCGAUGCACAGUCAACCGGGCAGUUGUCCGCCAUCAACUGUUCAUGUACCAUCACCGCUGCAGUUGCAACAUUUACAACAAAUUCAGGCGCGCAACUCGAGAGGCAAGCGUAAUUCAUGCAUUUUAUCUUAAGAGAAUAUUUAACACAAAAGACACAUGCAAGAAAGCAAAACAAAGCAAAACAAACAACAUUCACUCCCCAUGGCUAGUCCCUGUAGAUUUUUAUAUUUGCAUUGACGAAGCGAGACAUUUUAAAGAAAAUCAAAUCCGAAGCGAAAAAUAAAUAAAUAAAAUGAUGAAGCACACACAUACAUCCCCAUCCUCGCGCGCGCCAUUCGCUCACAUUUCAUUCUAUCCGGUUUCAAGAUCAUCAACUCCUCACCCCCUGCAUCCAUUCCAUCAACCAUACGCGAAAAUUUAUUGCGCAAUUCAAUUGAAUCGUUCGAUUCCUCAAUGAUAUUACGGAGAAGAAGCAGAAAAAGACGGGGAAAAAAUGAAGCACAAAAUCACUCUCAUUUCCUCAAACAAUGUCCACAUUUCCUUCGCGCUGAAUUCGGCCUUUCGUAUGAAAUUAUAACGAUUCACCGUCAAACCACCACACAUUCAACUGGUAUCGGUAAAUGAUGAAACCAGUUAAACAAUUUCGCCUCACAGCUUCAAAUUGCUUUUGAAAGAUUUACCAUUGAACUUAAUUACAUCUAUCAAUAAAAGGAAUUCAAUGCGCUUCUAAUUUUCCUUCAUCGACAAUAAUAAUGAAUGGCAAAUAAUUCGCUUAUUAUUUUCAAUUUCAAUUACAACUUGCUUAAUGAUGACGAUGAGUGAACGGCAGAUGGAUAGAGAGAGAGAGAGAGAGAGAGAGAGAGUGAGUGAGAAAUACCGAGUGGGAGAAACACACUCUGAACUCUGGUGUUUCCUGUGUUUCUCAUUAUUCCUCCCAUUAAUUCAAGUGGAAUUUCCAAUUUUCCAUCUACGAUCUCGUUGUCAUCUCACUCUCACUAUCUCUCAUCCUCUAUUCCGUUCACAAAAACUAGAUAAAACAAACAAACGUGUAUGUAUGUGUAGGUGGUAUUUACAAGAAGAAGCAACAGAACAAAAAAAAAACUAUGUGAAAAAAGUAAUUAAUCAGUAUAUUUACGUAAAGAAGAAAUGAUUGUGCGUGAAGUGCGCUUUUGCCAAAACGCAGCAAACCAAAAAUCAAAAUAAUUUAUAUUUGCACAAAAUAAAAAUUAUUUACUUAACGCAAUUAAAAUAAAAAGCAAAAAAAUGAAUAAUGAUAAAAAAAAGUAUAUUGUAUACAAGAAAACACCAAGUAUAUUGAGCUAUGUGGCUCGUGUCUGAAAUCUGUUCAAACUUAAAAGCGAAUGGGUAAAAGAGUAAAAGUCGCUCAUUUGCUUUGAAUUGAAUGGGCAGCUCGUAAACGACGACACUGCACUUGACAACCAAGCAUAAUGAUUUUGUGUGGGAGACUGUGACUGUGAAUUGAAAUUGAACAUUGAACAUUGAGCAUACAUGCUCAGCACAUACACAAAAACAUUGCAAUUCGACAAAUGUUUCGCGGGUUUUUUCCCCCCCUCAAUAUAUACUUAUUUUCGAGUGCCGGACGUGUUUUUCUCUUCUUGUACGUGGGAUACAAAAUAGUGAGAGAAUCAAAUGUGUUUGAUACUAUAUAUUUGUAAUCUUUGAAAGUAAAACAAAAAAAAAAUUAUAUCUCAAAACUGAUGACAUUUAAAUAUAUUUAUACUGUAGAUGGAUAAUCGUAAGUAGGAAAUCCAAAUUUAUUCUUCUGUGUCCACAUAAAAAAAGGCUUACCAAUUCAAAACAGACAGAUGAAUUCCCCAAUUAUAUUGGGCCAACAAUGGCGGGAACAUAGACAAAUGCUUUUUCUCAAUCGAAUUGCAAAUUUUAAACAUGCAACAUCAUUUAAUGUCAGCUAUGACAACAAUUCCAAUAUUGUAUUAAAAUAUGUUUAAUUCGAUUGCAAUCGAUUGCAAAAAAAAAUUAUGCCAUUCAAACAAUAAACCAAAAUAAAAAAUAUUCGUCUGCGAUACACACAUCAAUAUGAACAUCGUUGUGUGCAAAAUGAACAGAAAAAAAAACUACAAGAAAAGCUCCGAAAAAAAGAACACUUAAGUUUUAUUAAUGGACCUGUUUCGUAUAGCGAAAAAUAAAAAUUGAAAUUAUAAUGUCAUCGUGAGAUGAAUCCUAUUCGCAUCACAUAUAUACAUCAUCGUACAGAAAAUAUGCGCAUUGUCGAUGUUCAGGUCUUUCUCUCACAUGCCAAAAAUUUUGUAUCCAUAUUUCAUGGAAAAAAAAUGUUCUUCUUGUCAUCUAUCACCGUAGCGAUUAAUUAAAUAAUCUCAAAACUAGAACAAACAAAAAAUUUCAUAAUAAUAAUAAUGAAUAAUGCGCGCGGGGCAUCAAAACGAACACGCACAUUUGGGAAUAUACAUAUAAUAUAUCACACAUACACAAAGUCGUAUAGCGUGAAAAAGCACACAAAAGAAUGGAUCGUUGUUGCUCAUCAGAUGUGUGUUCUUUCUGCUCAAUCGGUUUUUCACAUCGAGCAAACCAAAAAGUGCUCGUUUUCGAACAAACGAUGCUCGUCUCGAAGAGAAGAAGCAAGAGAAAAAGCCAUACACACCAAUGCCAGCAAAUCAACAACCUCUUUUAGAAUCUUAUCUUUAUGAAUAAACAAGUCUUAAUGUAAUAUACGUAACGGUGUUAGGAGUGAGUUAAAUGGGAUAAAAGAAGAAGAAGAAGAAGAAGAAAAAAUAUAACUGAAUGCAUAAAAUUGGUUGGGUUCGAUGCUAGCUGUGCUCGGGCAUCCAAUUGCAUUUCUCAUAAGCUCUUCUUUAUUUAGUUACUUCCUCUAUCUAUCGUAUAUUUAAUGUGGAAUUUAAAUGGCAAUUUGUAAAUUGCGAUCAAAACACUAUUUAGACAUCUCUAUUUACUGAAUUUUUACUCUUUUCUAACAAUUUCAAAGUCCAAAAUACAUAAUCAAAAUUAACUUGAACCAAAAAAACAACAACAAUAACAUUAUUUAAAUCAAUUGUAAGAACAAACCAAAAUAAUAAUAAUAUUUACUGAAAAAAUAUGUAUUUUUAACAGAAUUAAACCAAAUAUAUAUGUAUAUAUAUUUAUGAGAUUUCCUCAGCCCAACCAAAACCAAAAGUAAUUGUAUAUUUAGUAUUUAAAAGAAAAAAAUAAUACAGCUUUGACAUAAACAAUUUCUCCAAAUUUAAAUGACUGAAACAAUGUAACAACAACAACAAAAAAUAUGAAAUUUAUUCUAGCUACCAAAUUGAAAAUUUAUUCAAAACCCAUUUAUAAUCCCAAAAACCCAAACCCUAAACGACAUCACACAAAAGUACCCUUUAUCCAUCCCAAAUUUAAAAUUAAAAUUUAUUCCGUUAUGACAAUCUCUGGAAAUGUGGAAAAAAUGAAAACGGAGCCGAGGAAAAAAUUAAAUUAUGAAUGAAUAGUUGACAUGGGAUUCAAUAGCAUGUAACAAAAUUGAUCAAGUGAAAGCUGUAUGGUUUUACUGUAAAAUGGAUGUAAAUGUGUUAGAUCAAAAAAAAACAUGUAAUUCUAUUUGAUGACCGGUAACGAGCAAAUACAAUAACAACAAUAUAAGAAUGAA